UCCCAUGAUGCCCCUCGUGUGCACGUAACCCAGCCUGCGACGUCGCUCCCAUGGCAACCCAAGAGUCCGCACAGUCCCGCCCUCCUGGGAGAUGACGGGCCUCCUUAUUUUAGGCGGGUCCCAACGCCGAGUUUACGACACCGGGGUGGUCGACCCAGGAUGCCCAGUGAAACUCUCUGGGAAAUUGCAAAAGCAGAAGUGGAAAAACGGGGAAGCGGUGGAGGUGAAGGUGAUGGAGUUGAAAUUGGAGAAAAAUCUGUUUUCUUCAUUGGCAGUAAAAAUGGGGGAAAGACUACUAUUAUUCUAAGGUGUCUUGACAGGGAUGAGCCACCAAAACCAACCUUAGCUUUGGAAUAUACAUAUGGAAGAAGAACAAAAGGGCAUAAUAUACCAAAAGAUAUUGCUCACUUUUGGGAACUAGGUGGAGGGACCUCUUUAUUGGACUUAAUCAGCAUACCCAUCACAAGUGACACCUUACGGACAUUUUCUAUUGUUCUUGUUCUGGAUCUUUCAAAACCUAAUGACCUUUGGCCCACCAUGGAAAAUCUGUUGCAAGCCAUGAAAAGCCAUGUCGAUAAAAUGAUAAUGAAACUGGGGAAGACAAAUUCCAAAGCAGCCUCUGAGAUGAGACAGAGGAUAUGGAGUAAUAUGCAGAAGGACCAUCCGGAUCGUGAAUUAGUCGACCCAUUUCUAAUACCUCUGGUCAUAAUUGGAAGUAAAUAUGAUAUUUUUCAGGAUUUUGACUCUGAGAAGAGAAAGGUUAUAUGCAAGACACUUCGAUUUGUUGCACAUUAUUAUGGAGCAUCAUUAAUGUUUACCAGUAAAUCAGAAGCUCUAUUACUAAAAAUACGUGGAGUUAUCAACCAGUUAGCAUUUGGCAUUGACAGAAGCAAAUCAAUAUGUGUGGAUCAAAAUAAACCACUGUUUAUCACAGCAGGAUUGGAUUCUUUAAGUCAAAUAGGAUCUCCUCCUGUUCCUGAUAAUGACAUUGGAAAGCUUCAUGCCCAUUCACCAAUGGAAUUGUGGAAAAAAGUGUAUGAAAGGGUCUUUCCACCAAAGAGUAUCAACACACUAAAAGAUACCAAGGACCCCGCAAGAGACCCUCAGUAUGCUGAAAGAGAAGUUGACGAAAUGAGAAUGCAGAAGGAUCAGGAACUGGAACAAUACAAAAGAAGUUCCUCCAAGUCUUGGAAACAAAUUGAGCUUGAUUCUUGAACAUAAUUCAACUAUAGUGUAUUUAUUUAUUCUUUCCCAAAUACAAGUAAGUUUAUUAAUUAGCUAUUACGGUAAUAAGAAAGUUAAGAUGUCUGUCUAAUUUGUUAAAGGAAAAGUGGAAUUUCUUGUAUUAGUGCAACUCCCUGGAUACUUUUAAGUCUAUAAAAAGGGGGAAAAGUUGUGUAAUUACAGGCAGUAUUUUUUUUUAAAUAAAAAGAAUCUUCCGCCUGCCUCUAAUGUGUUUAUCUAGUAUGUACUCAGUUCAGCAUUUAUAGGUUUCUGCUUAUAUGGUUUGAGGACUGUGAAAGCG